CGGUCAUUGGCCGGAGAGCGGGACCGGCUAUUUGAAGGCGGCGCGGGGACGAGGUGCGCAGUUUUGUCGGCGGUGAAAGACUGCGGCAGCGUCUCCUCAGGGACGCUACCUUGCUGAUCCCUUCUGUCUUCCCCGCCCCUGCCGUCACCGGACGCAGACGUGGGCCCCGCCGCAGCUGCAGCCGCGGCCCGGCGAGGCGAUGGCCAAGGUGUCGGUGCUGAACGUGGCGGUGCUGGAGAACCCGAGUCCUUUUCACAGCCCCUUCCGGUUCGAGAUCAGCUUCGAGUGCAGUGAGGCCCUGACGGACGACCUGGAGUGGAAGAUCAUUUAUGUGGGCUCGGCCGAGAGUGAGGAGUUUGAUCAGAUCCUGGACUCUGUGUUGGUCGGCCCUGUCUCUGCAGGAAGACAUAUGUUUGUCUUUCAGGCCGACGCACCCAACCCAAGCCUCAUCCCGGAGACGGAUGCCGUAGGUGUGACUGUGGUCCUCAUCACCUGCACCUACCGUGGACAGGAGUUCAUCCGUGUGGGCUACUAUGUCAACAAUGAGUACCCAAACCCAGAAUUGCGGGAAAACCCACCCCUGACACCCGACUUCUCCCAGCUCCAGCGGAACAUCUUGGCCUCAAACCCCCGUGUGACCCGCUUCCAUAUCAACUGGGACAACCAGGAAGACAGGCUGGAGGCCAUUGAGAAUCAGGAUCCCACACUGGGCUGUGGCCUCCCGCUCAGCUACACACCAGUCAAGGGCCUGGUCCUCCAGGGUUGUAUCCCCAGCCUCCUUCCUGAGAACUCAAUGGACUGCAUCUAAUAGGGUCCCCGGGCCUCGCAGAGCUGUGUGGGGCAUGCCCAGGACUUCAGGGCCACCAACUGCUUCAGGCUCUCAAACAUGCACCCGGGGAAUGAGCAAGUCUCUCCCUGCCCAGCCCCCAAGAUCAUCUCAGUUCCACUAAGAAGCAGGCCCUUGGGUUGUUCAUUCUCUCUGACGUGUGUCACUUCUCCACAUGUGCCAUCAGUUCCUCCUGCCAUGAGUGCCAUGGACCCAGACUUUUUUCCUACAUCUCCCUGCCUUGAGGCAUUUUUGGUUGAAGCCUGGCAAGGCCCUCGUUCCUGUCCCUUCCUGAAUAUCUGAGUGGUAUACCCUGGCUUCCUGGUGUCACAGGUGAGGCAUCUGGUUAGGAGGCAGACUCCGAUACAAUCUGCCCUCCCAGGAGGAGCAUUAGGUCUUUCCAAUCAGCAGCCCCUAGAAAACUGCCUAGGGUGUUGAGACAAUGGCUGCCCUGGGGAGAAGCUGGCUCAUGGGAGGCACCUGCCAUUCCCAGACCACUGCUCUCUGAGGCCACAGAGUGGUUUUGGGCAUGGGAAGUAUCUGGCACCCCAAAAACCUUCCCUCAGUAUGCCCCCCCCCACCUCUGCAUCUUGGUUGCCUCUGCUACAUGGAAGCUGUUGUGACUAGUUUAUAUAUUAAAGUGUUUUUAUAUUAAAAGUGUUGGUUUAAAAAUAAAAAGCACUUCGUCUAGA